CUCAGUGCUCGCUCCCCGCUUGGGCCCCUUGGCCGUCUGGUCUCAUUCGCCCAAACUGUUGCGUCGUGCCGACUCGAGACGCGCAGAGAAGCAAGUAUAGCAUCGCAUACCCACCCUGGCUUGGCAGGCCGACGAUACAGUACAAAAGUCAGGAGCGUCGAGCCAUGGCCUUGUCGAUGCGACUUGGGACGGCCGUGCUCUUGGCGGCUGCGGCAUCCUCACGCCCCGCUCGACUCCUGCCCUUCUCCGGAGCCUCGGCCAGCAGCAUCACCACCACCGCCAGCAGCAGGCCUGUCAGUACCCUCAUCGCCGCCGUGCUCCUAUUCGCUCCCAUGGCGUCGACACACGACCACGCCCACGACCAGAUCCCGGAUGGCCAGACCGUCUCGGUUGAGCCGAUUGACACGACACUAUGGGUCCACGUCUUUCUCCAGAUGCUCGCCUUUGGCGUGCUCUUCCCCAUUGGCAUGGUCCUUGGGAUCGUCAAGAGCCGCUGGCACGUCCCCCUCCAAACCCUCGCCUCGCUGAUCGGAAUACUCGGAUACGUCCUCGGCCAUUUACACGCCGGCCGCGAGUUCCACCCGUCCAACGCACACGCCGGCUUCGCCCCGACCCUCUUCUUCCUCCUCUUCGUCCAGAUCGUGCUCGGGAUAUACCUCAAGCUGCACCUCGAGCGCGGCUUCAACGGUCGGGUGCGGCCAUGGGUUAAAAUGGCGCACGGAAUCAACGGCAAGUUGUUCCCGGUCGUCUCAUGGACGCAGAUGAUAUUUGGUGGCAUCACGGCGCUGGGCUUCUGCCAGGGCGACCAUCUGGGCCAGUGCCUGGCGCACUUCAUCAUGGGCAGUGCCUUUAUCGCCUACGGCUGCAUCCUGACCAUCCUGCUGCUGGUGGGUCAGUUGUGGCUUCGGCGCCAGAGGCGGUCGCAGGAGUUCUUCGACAGCGCCGUCAUCGCCGCCUGGGGCUGCGUCAACACCUUCACCGAGCACCGCUGGGGCUCCGAGUGGACCGGUAACGACUGGCAGCACACGGCCAUGGGCGUCGUCUGGUGGUGCGCGGGGCUGGCCGGCAUAUGGCUCAGCAGGGGGCGCGACGGCCUGCCCAAGCGCAACUUUGUGCCCGGCUUCGUGCUCAUCCUCACCGGCUGGGCCAUGUCGGCUCACCCGCAGCAGCUGCCCAUCAGCGCCGCGACACACUCUGUGUUUGGCUAUACCCUCAUGGCGGCCGGUGUGUCAAGGAUCGUCGAGAUUUCUUUCGUGCUCGGGGACAAGAGCGCGGUAUCCGAUUCCGGCUACGACAUUCACAGCUUCCAGUACAUCCCGAUAUUCCUUCUGUAUGCCUCGGGAUUCCUCUUCCUGGGCGCCACCGAGGAACAGAUGGCGCUGGUGGCCCAGACGGGCAUCGACCAUGUGGCGUACAUCCUGAUCCUGUACAGCCUCGCGUUCCUGAUAUUCCUCUUCGUGUGCAUGCUCUUGAGCGUCUACGACCAGUCGGCAAACGCGGGCCCCGGGGCCGCCGAAAAUGCGGGUCGCGGUACCGUGGACGCGGAGCAGCGACGGCUCCAGGACGCUGAGGAGUUUGAACUUGACGGGUUGAUGACGGACGACGAAGACGAAGAGAACGCGGCCAAGCGGAAGCUCCUCAACACCAAAAGGAGCGCCGACGGCGCCGACAGCGGACUGCCCAGCCCUAGCACGUUGGGCAGGAAUAGCGAUCGGGUCGCCUAAGCAAGGUUACAUGUGGCUGUGGCGAGUGGCAACUUGGCAGAGGAUGGGGCUAUAAACAUUUUACGCAGCACCGUAAAGGGCAUGGGGCAACGGCCACCCUUGACCCUUGCUUCAUUCAUUAUAUACGGCUUUGGGAUAAUAUUUCAUUUUCAUUUUCAAGGUUGGGCGGCAAUGAUGGUUUUGGACAAGCGGGAUACUCGUAUAUAGAUGGUUAACGACACAAAUGUCUUAUUUGCAGUCUGGCUGACGUGACCCCUCG